CAAAAAUGCAUUCCGCUAGUAAAGGAAUCUCCUAUUAUUAUUGCUUGUGUAUGGUAAUAGGUCUCGCCCAAAAUAUCAUCAAACAGAGCAGCAAUAUUCUUCAAGGAUCGAUGUAGCUUUCUUUACGGCUUUCGACUCCAAGCGAGCAACGUAAGAGAAGAUUUACAUGGGCGUGCUGUGGAAUUCUUUCAUUCAGCGCUGGAAUUAGAGAAAUCUAAGUUCUACAUGAUCUUUUUUUAAUGAAAUAUUGCUCAUGAGAAUAUGGCAGCUGUAAGGAGUAAUUCUCCCAUGAUGGCAGAUGGAUACCCUCAACCAUCACUUUUACCAGGAGAAAUAGUUGUUGCAAAAGCCAUCAACGUGCUACGAUUUCAAACGAUGGCAGAUCGGAAAUCUGGAAUAUCUGGAGUUCUGUAUGCAACCAAUUUUCGUAUGUCUUUCUUGACACGAAACCCAAGUGCAGAAACUAAACUUAACUCUGUGUUUCAGUCAAAUCCUGAUUUAACGGAAGCUGGAGAAAUCUACUCAGAUAUGCAAAGAGAAAUGCACAUUCCACAAACUUGUAUAGAUGAGAUUUCUUAUUAUUCAAGUUCCACUGCAGAAGGAUCGAAAAUCAAGAAAGUACUUCCAGGAUCACGCAUGUCAACCAAAGUCCAUUCCUUAGAAAUCCGUUGCAAGGACUUUAGAGUGGUGAGAUUUGGCUUGAAAUUUACUCCCAAGAAAGAUUGUCAAACCAUGGUGAAUACUAUUUCCCAUUACAAGACACCAAGCUCUAUUGUUCUACUGUUUGCAUUUCCUUACAGUAUAGCACAAAACUCUGCGGAAAAUGGUAAAUCCAGGCUGAACACCAUUCCAACUUUCCGAACUCUUCCUGACUGGCUCAAUGAGUUGAGCAGGCUCCAGGUUGAUGACACCUGGCGAGUGGCAACUGUCAACAAUAAAUUCCAGACUUGUCCAUCUUUGUCAGAGAUGUUUGUUGUGCUCGCGUCCUUGUCGGAUUCAGACAUCAACAGGAUGUCUCUUCAUUAUGUUGAUUCUCGCCUUCCAAUUUGGUGCUGGAGCCACUCUCGCACAGGAGUACCAAUGCUCUACAGUGGCGCAGGAAGACCAGAAAGUAUAUUUCUUGAGAAGGAAGAAACAUCCUUUUUCCGAGCAUUAUCAUUAAUUCCAUGCAAUACUGAACACAAAGAGGUCAAGGUGAUUGAUGUAACAAAGAUAUGUCCAACUACAAGAGACCUACAACAGAGCUUUCUUAAGGUUAAAGAGCUCUGUUUGUUGGAGACAAGCAAGGAGUUUUGGAGCAUUGAUCCUCAUUGGCUAUCAAGGCUGGAAACAUCAAGGUGGCUAAAUUAUAUAAGGUUGUCUCUUGUUGCUGCUAUGGAUGUUGUACACUCAAUCUGUGAUGACCGGUCACCUGUUAUUAUCAAAGAAACUGGAGGUCGGGAUUUUGCUGUGGUCGUAGCAAGCCUUGCUCAGCUCAUUUUGGAUCCAUAUUAUAGAACAAUAAGAGGUUUCCAGACUCUUAUUCAAAAAAUGUGGGUUCUUGGAGGACAUCAGUUUCUUCUGCGCUGUAAUCACAUCAUUCAGCCAAGCCAGGAAAUUGACAAGGAUGAGUCUGGAGAGUCGCCAGUGUUCCUUCAUUUCAUUGAUUGUGUGUAUCAACUCACACAGCAGUUUCCAUCCGAGUUUGAAUUCUCUGAGACCUAUCUUCAUGCUGUUCUUGACACUGUUCAUGCAGGCAUGUUUGAUACAUUCUUGUUUGACUCUGAGAAGCAAAGAUCAGAGAUGUGUGGAGUGGAGUUAAAAGGAAAUCCUAUGGCAUCCUUGUGGGAGUUUGUUGCAGAGCAACUUGCAGAAUCAAGAAACUCAGGGCCUUAUCUUAACCCAUUGUUUGAGUACAGAAGUUAUUUGAACAAUGAUGAAAAUGGAGUGAAUGCAGAGUCUGUUUACCUAAGAGUGAACACGCUGGCUCCAGGUAUAAAAUUCUGGUCAGGACGUUACCUAAGAUGGCUCCCGACAGUUCAUGUGAGCACAGGGAUGGGAGAGAACUCCUCAUUGCAAUUUCAGCAGAUGAUCCUGGUGAAUGAAUUAAGGGUUUGGCGGCACCGUCUGGCGGUCAGCAAGUAUGAGCAAACUCAUGAUGGAAACUCAAUUGAUGGAGACAAAACCCCUUGUCUGGACUACACCGAUUAUGAAUUUAGCACUGAUUUUAGUUUGGACUUGGAGACAAGCAAACUACUCACUCCUAGCAUGCCAUUGAUUGGUGAUCUGGCCCUGAGCAAGUAUUGCUCUGGAGAUUUGCUGUCAGCAAAUGGAUCUUCAAACAAUACUGUUGAUGUUGGGAAGUUUUGACAGUGAUAUCGUACUGGUUGAAGUCAUUUCUGAAGGUUAGAUUGGCCAAGCAGAUCCUCUAGAAACAGAGCUUUGGUGCGGCAGUGUGAAUGGUUCUCCACAGAAUUGUCAAGGGGACUAUUUUUACAGAGUUGGCAGUGAAAUAAAUGCAGUAUUCUCCUUUUCAGGGGGUAACCAGUAAAAUUUACCACCAUUAGUACCUGUUGUUACUACCCAAAAUCUCAUGAAGUUCGUUUUAAUUCAACAGGUAAAAAGAUUGUUUUACCAAUCUGAAAAUUUAUUUUACCUGUCAUGCUUCAGAAAGGUGAUAAAAUUGCAUUCGAUAUAUGCACAUGUAAAAGUUACUGUCAACCUCAGAAAGUCAUGAACACCAGAAAUAUGUUGUGAAUGUUACAAAAAAGGGCAAUAAAGUUUGUCUGUUUGACCUCUUAACUUUCAUGACCUGAUCUGGUGAAGGGGUUACCCACAAUGCAGUGAGCAUUACCAAGAUAUUUUGCCUGUUCAUGAUUCUCUAAGUUUGAAAGUACAGUACAAGUGAAUACUCUGCCGGUCAAAUGUUAGAGCUUAAGCAAAACAUGGCUGUAUCUCCCAUAGUUGUUGAGCAUUCCAUUAGAAGUAAUGAUUAUUAAGAGAAAAUGCCGGUAGCAAUUGAUACAAGAAAAAACAAAAGAUGUGGCAGUAGGCUGAUUUGGGCAAACCUAAGUUUAAAGAGUGUCCUGCCGCAUUACUUUUACAUUCAAGACAAGAUGUUAUUAGUAAUUUUGUAUUUAACAGGUUGAGGAGAUUUUCUUCUUUUGACUGACCUGUGCAAUGUUCAUAUUAUUGUUAAUGUUAAACGCACAUUUUCAAGAGAAUUGUGAGUUCAAGUAAAUUUGUUAUUAAUGGUUUUUGAGGUCAACGAAAUGAAUUAAGCUUGAAUUGA